CUCGAUAUCAUUUCUCCAAUUCGAUCGGUGUGUGUAAAAAAUUUUGAGGACGACGACGACGACGAAAGAGAAAAAGAGUGUUUCAGUCACCACCACUGCACAAGGAGCUCGGAAACACAAAAAAACCUAUUCAUCCAUCUCCAUCUCUACCUUUUUCCCCGUUCUGCUUCUUCGUCUCUACCAACCAAGGAAUGCUGUUUAAAUGGAAUCAACAAUGGAGAAUCUAACGGGAAUAGAAUCUACUACAAUGGAGAAUUUAACGGAGUUGGAGAGUGAGAGAGUUGAACUGGUCGCUGACAAGGAAAUUGAAAGUGGAGAGCUAAGGCAGGAUGAUGUAAAGGAAACGGAGGAUGAGAAUCCAGGAGAGGAAGCUCCAUGUCCCAUGGUUACUGAAAUAGGUACUUCACUUGCUUCGAACGAGGUGACUUCUAUGCUUGAGACGGAGACCAAUGAUGAUGAUCCGCCUCGAGUUCCAUCUCCGUCAGUAGCUUUAGAUACUGACGAAGGGUUCAUCAACCCUACUGUUGAAGACACUCCGGAAGAGAACAUAGACCCUAUCUUGAAAGAUGACGGAGAUGCUCUCAAGGUUGACAAAGAUGAUGAAGUAGUCCUUGAAGAAACGGCUGAAAUACCUGACUCCACACUCUUGGAGGAGGGCACAGGAUCACUGCAUCAGCAUGAUGAUAUUGUGAUGGAGGAGGAAAAAGCUGCAGAAGAAGAUGACAUGAUAGCCUCAGGAGACCAUGAAGAAUUUGCAGUCAAUCCUGAUAACAAACAUUCGGAAGAAGAAGGAUCGCUGCAGAAGAACACAGUAAUGGAGCAGGACAAAGCUGCAGAAGAACAUGAGAUCAUAUCCUCCGGAGACCAUAACGAAUUUCCAGCCAAUCCUGAUGCCAAAGUUGUUGAGGAGAACAAUGAAAGUACGGAUGAGGGUGAGGCUAACAAUGUGAAUUUGGCUGGCGAUGGAAGUGGACCAGUCGAUCAUGAUCACGGGACCACAAGGGAGCUUGACACAGAGCUAGAGGUGCCUGGUUCUGAGACCAUAUCUAAACUGGAGGAUACAAGGGAGUUUGACAAAGGGCUAGAGCCUCUCUCAGAAGCCUCAAUGAACGUGGAAAAAGAACCGGACAUGCCUGCCACUGAAAAUUUGACAGACAAUGACAAAAACUCUGAUGUGUUGGCAGUUAGAGUCUCAGAAGACAGUGACAAAGGGUUAUCUGUCUUGCCCGCUACCCAAACUUCCUCUGAUCAUGAUGAAGGAAUGACUAUGGCUGACGCUGAAGCUACAGAAGAGAUGGAACUUGAUCUACCAGAUUCUAAAUUGGCUGCUGAUGCUACUGUUGACUCUACUAAUAACAAGGAUGUCAAUGUUGAGGCUAAUACUGUAAAGCAAGAUAAUUCUAGACAACUUGUGAUAAAUGAUGCAGAUAAUGUAAGUGCACCAGUGAGACGUGGACCCGGUCCUCGUGUUGCAUCUUCCAAUAUAAAGUCUGAAGCGCGGGGUAGUGGAGAUUUGAAUAACGGAGUCCAUAAAAUAGUUCGGACACCAUCUGGCUUUGAUGGGACCAUGCGCCCAAAGCGCUCUUUCCUCUUGGAUGAUAGGUCCGACGGUAAUGAAUCUGGAACAGAAGAGGAUCAGUCUGAUUUUAUGAAAGAAUUGGAUAGUUUUUUUAAAGAGAGAAACAUGGAUUUCAAACCACCAAAAUUUUAUGGGGAAGGACUAAACUGCCUUAAGUUGUGGAGAGCUGUAACUAGAUUGGGCGGGUAUGACAAGGUUACUGGAAGCAAACUAUGGCGGCAAGUGGGAGAGUCUUUCAGGCCCCCAAAGACAUGUACAACAGUAUCAUGGACUUUCCGAGGUUUCUACGAGAAGGCUCUUCUUGAAUAUGAGCGGCAUAAAGUUAGUGGAGGUGAACUUCAGGUACCCCUUCCGUUGGAGCUAGAACCAAUGAAUACUGAUAAUCAUGCGGCUGGAUCAGGUAGAGCAAGGAGAGAUUCAGCAGCACGUGCUAUGCAAGGUUGGCAUUCACAGCGUCUUAAUGGUAACGGUGAAGUUAGUGAUCCUGCUGCAAUCAAGGAUAAGAACUUAGUUGUUCAUCCAAAGCGUGAGAAACAGAUUGGGACCUCCCCUGGUUUGCUCAAACGCAAGAGGCCUGCUGAAUAUGGUGCAAAAAAUGCCAACCAAGUUUCUAAACCUAUGUUGGAUGUUACAGUUGUUGAUGUUGGACCACCAGCUGACUGGGUCAAGAUUAACGUACUGAGGACGCAAGAUUGCUUUGAGGUCUAUGCAUUAGUCCCAGGACUAGUUCGUGAAGAGGUCCGAGUCCAAUCAGAUCCGGCUGGGCGGUUGGUAAUAAGUGGAGAACCUGAGAACCCUAUGAAUCCCUGGGGAGCGACUCCUUUCAAAAAGGUGGUAAGUUUGCCGACGAGAAUCGAUCCUCAUCACACAUCGGCUGUGGUAACCUUAAACGGGCAGUUAUUCGUCCGUGUGCCUCUCGAGCAAUUGGAUUAGAAACAUUUACAGUUUUAACAAAAAGCCGUUGAAGAAGAUCUGAAAAGAGAGAUGAUUGUUAGAAGAUGUAGCUGUUGUUGAGAGUAUUUUGUCUGUAUAUUAUUAUGAGAGCAUAACACCACAACCUGAGAAGAGCCAACUUUAGGAUUCCUUUUUAAUUAGGCCAUCUAGUUUAUGGUCUCUCUCCUCUCUUCUCUUUGAUUGGAUUCUCUUCUUAGUAGUAAUCACUACUGAUCUGUUGUAGCUCAAAAAUCUUUUUCAAAACCCUUUUUCUAUUAGGAAGACACCAAUUUACAACUCUUA